ACAGCCGCGGUGAAAUGACAGAUUUGAAAAGAAAAUUGCGAUUUUCGUAUAUGAUAACUACGUUACCUUAACAAACCAAACCGUGCAUGUCUUCCGGGAGUCAUCUUUAAGGGUGCGUUAGUAAAUCAGAGCGUUUCACUCCGGACGCCCCGGCCGAGGAGUAGGUUUGGUCCCAGCGUGCUGACCGCAACGGCAGCGGCCAAUUUAAUGUUAAUUGUCUAAAAUGACCUAGCUACUUCUAGACACAAGUGACAGAAUACUUCUGAACACGUUGACCAUUUUACUCACCCAGCAGAGCUGGUUAGGUUGUUUAUGUAAUCUAGAGAGUUGGUGACUGUAUUUGUGCUGCAGGCAAUCAUUUAGAUCAUUUUUUUGCCGAUGUUUCCCGGCCACAUUGAACCGGAGUUGCGCAUUCAUAAAUUCAACAGUUAUUCUGCUCCCUGGUACUCAGAAAAGAGUGCUCUGGUCGGACUGGACAGAGGGAUUUUGCAAACGCACAAAGUCCGGUCAACAUGACAUUUUUCUUCUCGUUUUGGGACACAGUAAUAUAGUGUAUUGUGGCUCGCUUCGGUUUUAACUGAGUAGCAACGUUUGCGGAAUCAUUUGCUUCCAACAAGUGUGCAAAUAGGCAUCAUGUUAGCCACCGUGCUAGCUAGCUAAUCCCGUAGCUACCUGCACUGGAUAGCGUUACCGUCGUCAGCUGUCCUGCAACAUCAAGGACAGAUGACAAUUUCACUCCAAAUUCUCAAAGAAAUCACUAUCCAGUUCUAUGUUCAGUACAUGAGCUAUCUAACCUAACUAUAAAAUGAUGGAUUCAAAGAGAGACAUGAAAGAUCAAGAAACCGAGAGAGUCUCCAAGGUGACAGCUGUGCUGCUGAAGUCCCGGACAGGAGAGUUUGAUCUGGAAUCUAUUCUGUUCCUGAAGCUCCGAGGUCUCGGGAUCUAUGAUCUAGGCUGUAUCGGGGACUGUAUAAAUCUGGAGAGACUGGAUCUGUCUGGUAACAACAUCACUAACCUGGCUCCACUCUCUUCUCUGAGACUACUACAGAUACUCAAUGUGUCAGCCAACAGGAUCUCUAACUUAGAAGACAUUUCCUGCUGUGACAGUUUACAGAGCCUAAAUGUGGCUGGGAACCUCAUAUCCAGUAUUGACAACAUCCACUGCCUUCAGUCUUUGAGGAAGCUGGAGAAUAUCCGCCUGAAAGACAACACCUAUAAUUACACCAACCCAGUUUGUAAGAACUCGUCCUACAGAAACAUUCUCCUGGAGAUGUUCCCAAACAUCAGAGUGUUGGAUGGUGAAAGAGUGGUUGGACGUGGGAGUGAUUUAUAUAAAUUAUGCAAAGACAUUGAUGAAACUAUCAAAGCUGGUUUCUAUAGGAAUGGCCAGUUACCAGAGCUGCCUGGCUGUAAGCCCUGGGUCGACAACGACUUCUGGGAAAUCAAGAGAUCCAGCAACGCCAUUAUAGACGAGGCCUACAAACAGUUCAAUGACGUCCUUCAUGAAUGCAGACUGCUGAACAACAGAGCAACACAUGUCAUCUCACAGACAGAGAGAUCUCUGAGCCUCAAGAACCAGCCAAAGCAGUACUCUGUUUAAAAUGCCGUUUACAGCAGGCAACAUUGAUUGUGAAGUGUGUUUGUGUGAUCGGUGUUACUUACAUGAAACAAUGUCAUGGCUUCAUGUAUUUGUAUUAAAUGAUGUUGUUUUAUAUCUGAAUGCUUGACCCAGCACCAGUGCCAGAACCUUGACAUGCUCAGCAUUACGUUGCACACAGUGCUGCAUAGUGACACCUAGAGGAUACAUAACUACCCUUGGGUCUAGUGUAGCCAAUGUAAAGCCUCCUACCCCAGUGGGUCUAGUGUAGCCAAUGUAAAGCCUCCUACCCCAGUGGGUCUAGUGUAGCCAAUGUAAAGCCUCCUACCCCAGUGGGUCUGGUGUAGCCAAUGUAAAGCCUCCUACCCCCUUGGGUCUGGUGUAGCCAAUGUAAAGCCUCCUACCCCCUUGGGUCUAGUGUAGCCAAUGUAAAGCCUCCUACCCCCUUGGGUCUAGUGUAGCCAAUGUAAAGCCUCCUACCCCCUUGGGUCUAGUCUAGUGUAGCCAAUGAAAAGCCUCCUACCCCCUUGAGUCUAGUCUAGCCAAUGUAAAGCCUCCUACCCACUUGGGUCUAGUCUAGUGUAGCCAAUGAAAAGCCUCCUACCCCCUUGGGUCUAGUCUAGUGUAGCCAAUGAAAAGCUUCCUACCCCCUUGGGUCUAGUAUAGCCAAUGUAAAGCCUCCUACCCCCUUGGGUCUAGUGUAGCCAAUGAAAAGCCUCCUACCCCCGUGGGUCUAGUCUAGUGUAGCCAAUGAAAAGCCUCCUAUACUACACUCUAUACUAGCCUAUACUACACUCUUAGAAAAAAAGGUUUUACCUGGAACCAAAAAGGGUUCUCCUAUGGGGACUUUUUUGGAACAGUUUUUUCUAAGAGUUUACCUACCUGUGUAGCCUACAGAUCGUACAGGCUAGCACUACCGACUCCUACCCUCUAUAGCAGGGGUGGGCAAACUUUUUGGCUCGAGGGCCACAUCAGGAUUUUGAAAUUCAAUGGGGGGGAGCAUUUUUUGGGAGAUCAAUUUUGUUAAAAUCAAUUUGCGGGAGCCUCUCGAGUGGCGCAGCGGUCUAAGGUACUUCAUCGCAGUCUUUGAGGCGUCACUAGAGACCUGGGUUCGAUCCCAGGCUGUGUCACAGCUGGCCAGUUCCUGGGAGACCAUUGAGGCGGCACACAAUUGGCCCAGCGUCAUCCGGGUUAGGAGAGGGUUUGACAGGCCAAGAUUAACAUUUCCCAUCGCGCUCUAGCUACUCCUGUGGCGGGCCGGGCACAUGGCCCCUGACACGGUUGCCAGGUGUACGGUGUAUACAGAACAUUGGUGCGGCUGGCUUCCGGGUUAAGCGGGUGUUGUGUCAAGAAGCAGUGUGGCUUGGCUGGUUCGUGUUUCGUGGGACGCACAACUCUCAACCUUCGCCUCUCCAUAUGGGAGUUGCAGUGAUGGUACAAAACUACCUACCAAUUGGAAACCACGAAAUUUGGGAGAAAUAAACAAAUAAAAUAAUGUCUACAGGCUUCUACCCUCUACAGGCUUCUACAGAUGUCUACCCUCUACAGACUUCUACCCUCUACAGAUGUCUACAGACUUCUACCCUCUACAGACUUCUACCCUUUACAGACUUCUACCCUCUACAGACUUCUACCCUCUAGAGACGUCUACAGACUUCUACCCUCUAGAGACGUCUACAGACUUCUACCCUCUACAGACGUCUACAGACUUCUACCCUCUACAGACGUCUACAGACUUCUACCCUCUACAGACGUCUACAGACUUCUACCCUCUACAGACGUCUACAGACUUCUACCCUCUACAGACGUCUACAGACUUCUACCCUCUACAGACGUCUACAGACUUCUACCCUCUACAGACGUCUACAGACUUCUACCCUCUACAGACGUCUACAGACUUCUACCCUCUACAGACGUCUACAGACUUCUACCCUCUACAGACGUCUACAGACUUCUACCCUCCACAGACGUCUACAGACUUCUACCCUCUACAGACGUCUACAGAUUUCUACCCUCUACAGACAUCUACAGACUUCUACCCUCUACAGACGUCUUCAGACUUCUACCCUCUACAGACUUCUACCCUCUAGAGACGUCUACCCUCUACAUACCUCUACCCACUACAGACCUCUACCCUCUACAGACCUCUACCCUCUACAGACCUCUACCCUCUACAGACCUCUACCCUCUACAGACCUCUAGCCUCUACAGAUGUCUACAGACUUCUACCCUCUACAGACUUCUACCCUCUAUAGACUUCUACAGACCUCUACCCUCUACAGACCUCUAGCCUCUACAGACUUCUACCCUCUACUGACCUCUACCCUCUACAGACUUCUACCCUCUACAGACUUCUACCCUCUACAGAUGUCUACAGACUUCUACCCUCUACAGACUUCUACAGACUUCUACCCUCUACAGACUUCUACCCUCUACAGACUUCUACAGACCUCUACCCUCUACAGACCUCUACCCUCUACAGACCUCUACCCUCUACAGACUUCUACCCUCUACAGACUUCUACCCUCCUGAGUGCUAAGUAGCCUACAGGCUCCAGUUCCAACCAACUCUAUGGGUUCAGACCCAUUGUCUUACAUCAGAUAACAAUGAUUCCCCUUAUCGUCGGUUGAGGGACGACCAUUGCGUAGGAUUGACGCCACCUGACGUAAGACAAUGGGUGCAGACGUGGAUCCAUAUCGACACCACUUAGGUGCCAUAAGGUGUUUACUGUGCUCACUAUGCACAGUGCUGUGUGUUGGUGAUGCUGAGCCAUGCUGCUAUUACAAUACAACUUAGUAACUUGUUACUAUUGUUUAAAACUAGCAACAUUAGCAAAGCUUUUCCAUAUUGCACUACUUCAUCAUUGAUGGUGAAGUGUUUGUUUUAUUAUGCUGGCAUUGGGAGUGAUGCUUAUGUAGUGAAUUAAUUCUGCACAGUUUGAGUUGUUUCUACUUGUUUUGAUACCGUUAAUAAGGCCAACGCUAGCAGUACAUGGAAAAUACUAACUAUCUGGCAUUAAAAUGACUAAUAAACUGG